CAGAACUCACAGCAGUCACCACUACAGAGACCAAGAGGGAAGUUUCACUGACCCACAGCAGAAAACUAGACCACAGUCGUUCCACCGACUCAGCGUGAUGCUGGACAAAGAGGGUCAGUGGUCUGAGGCAUUGGCCAGCAAUAACAUAAAAGCCAUCAUCUGCUGGUUGAGGAAGCUUACAGCUGAAGGUUAUACUGAUGUGGGGGAAAUCGCACCAGCAUUUAGCUGCUGGGUACAGCGGACAGCAGAGUUUGCGAAAAAGGAGUUAUUAACCUUAUGCUUCAGCUGUUGCCAGGGUCUGUGGAUGUUCCUGGACCGCGGCUCCUUCACUAGAGUGCACACGUUACUCCAAAAAUUAAGGAACCUACUUACAUUGGCCCAGUGGGGAAGAAAACAUCUCUGCUCAGCCCACCUCUGGCAUGGAGUGGGAGUCCCAUGUGUGGUCUGCAAGGACACAUACAGCUCCUCAGACAUCCGACAUGGCUGCUGGAACAGAGAGCAGAGGAUGCUGAUGCAACACAUCUGGCUGGGACAGCUGGUUCAGUGGUGGGGCAUCAUGGGGCUUCUGCCAAAGUUUCCUGAGACCCAAGAAGUGAAGCGUAUCACUCAGAUGUGGAAGGAAAUGGAUCACAGCCACCGAAAAGCUGGUCUUGAAACACAGGGACGGGAGGAGGGAGAAAUGGGAAGAUUCAAGUCUUUGAUACAGAGCAUGGUGACACAGCUAUGCAAACAACACGGGUGCAUUUGGAUGUCUGGAGAUUGCACAGAUCCACGUUAUCCUCCCCCUAAUCUGCAGGCGCUGUUGAAGCUCGUGCUGAUCCCUCAUAUUGACAACAUGUCAGUCCAGGCCAUUCUCAUGUACUUCAUCCUGGAUGUGGCAAAUUUCCUACAGUGCAAAGAUGACCUCCUUCAGGCUUUUUGUCAUGCAUUCACAAUUCCAUCCACCUUUUCCCAACAAAUCAGAGCCUUCUGGAUGCUUGAUCAUGGACACACUGAGGCCUCCAUGGAGCUGUUACUGAGCCCAAAGGCCUAUGUUCCUGCCCUCUCCUGGCAGCAUCGUUGCAUCAUCCAUUGUCUCCUGACAAGGAAACAGCCUCAAGAGGCAUUACGGUACCUCCAGUGGGCCAGGCCUGCAGUAGAGACCACUGAUGAUGCCAAGCUGUUUGCAGAUGUACUUAUUCAAAGCAGUUGUAACUCUGAUGCUUGGGCUCUGUUGAAGAGAGGCCACACAGAGACUGAAGAUAUGAGCAAAUACUUCCUCCAGACUUGUAAAGGAGUUGGCCUGUGCACAGAGGCUUUAAAGUACAUUCUUGUUGAAAACAAUAAUGAAGAAGAUGGAGCUGAGACCACAGAGAUGACACAGAUGAAGAAAGAAAUGCCACCAUGUCCGCUAUCUGCCAAGCUGUACCGGGCUCAGAAAGUUGGCAAAGUAUCAACAGAUGAGCAGGUGAAAUUGGUCAGAAAGGCUGUGAAGGAAGUGAGGAAACCAGAUUGCAAGUUGAGGGAGGUAGUGUGGCCAGAGCACACAGAGAGAAUGCCCAACAGCAAGCAAAUGCUUCUGCCCACCGAGGCUCUGCGUCUACUCACAUGCAGCUCUUCACCAGUGCACAUGGCAAUAGAAACACAGCAAACAGCACAUACAGCCGACCCAGAAGAAGAAGAUCCUGUCAUUUACAAUCAGCAGCAGCAGCUGGAGACUCAAGAGAACAUUUUUUCUUCUGAGGAGGAUCUAAGAUCCUUGUCUGCCUCAUCCUCUACCUCAGCUUCACCCUUGCUUCUUAUGAAGUGGGACCCGCUUCACACAUAUAAAAGCACUCUGACCCUGCAGAUGAUUUCCUCUCUGCUGACGGAUAGAAGUAGCCAAAGCAGGGGACAAGAAGAAGAACACAGACCCCACUCAUCAGCUGGUGUUUUCCUAAAUAUCCCUGAGCUGGUGCUGACACCAGAUGGCGCUACAGAGCCUGUUUCCUUCAGCAGCUUGAACAAAGACAGCAUGGUAGAGCUGAUGCUUUCUGCAGAUGUGGGAGAAGGUGAUGAAGCAGAUGUUUUUCUGGAAGAAGAUACUAUCGGGGUUGACGGGCUUUCAAGACCUUCCACAUAUGAAAGCCUUCUUUCAGACACAAGUUUCACUGAGGUAGCCCCAACUCACUGCGUCCAGAAAAAGAAACCUCAUCAGCAAGACGAACCACAGGGAUGCUCCAGCCAACACCUCCCAUGUACCUCAGCUGAAACAACCCACGACAUGCUGACAGAUCUUCAUCAGAGCUUUGUUUUGAAUUGGUCUAUACCCAGGAGCUCGCCAGGGAUGGGUCAGCCUUAUUCCUGUGGACUCGUCAAUUUUUUGGACUUCACUGCAAAGCAAAAAGGAGAAAACAGAGAUGGAAAUCAGGCGGAGAAAGAUGAGCCCGCAGGUUGGAGCAGUUCGGGGAAGGUUUCCCAAGGAGCCAUAAGGAGUGGCAGAGCAGGAUCGAGAAAAGGCAAACGAGUGAAGAGGGCAUGAUCAUCUGCAAGACAAAGAACAGCCUCUUAUGUGAUGCAUUUUAAAUAUAUUUAAAUUAAAAUCUAAAGGGAAAAAAAAUCACUCCAAUGUUAAAGUUUACCACAAAGAGUGUUAACCUCCACCAGAUUCAUCCUCCAAUCACCUGGUCAGAUACUUUUGACAGCCUUUGUUCCCGCCCAGUGGUACUGUCCCACCUCACCCUUAAUCUUCUGCUGUAAUGUCUCGUGUCAGCAAUACUCAGUAAAUGAUGAGACAUGAAUUCUUAAAUAUUGCUAUGAACUAAGACUCGAGUAAAGAGUAGUAAGUCUGAGUUACAUUAUGUCUUUUUUGACUUUCCUCUGAUGAACAUAACAACGUUGCGUGUUUCGAUUCAAGUAUAGAUGCACUACAUUUAAAAUGCACUUGUGAUGUCCUUGAAAAUGAUUGUGCACUUUAGAUUCUUCACUGGUUUCCUCCUCUUGGAAAAAAAGGGAUGUUUGCUUUGCUGCCAUUGCAUCUCAUGAAAAAUGGAUGACCUCCCAAGGCUUUCUUCUGCCCAUUGCUCUUCAUAUUUGCACAAAGCCCAGGGACUGCAUUUGGGUUAGCAUCCUCCCUCCCUCCAUCCUCCCUCCUUCUUUCUCUCCCUCUGUGGUUUGUUCGCGGGGUGAAUAACUUAACACAUAUUUCAGCUUGACACACUUCUGCUCUGGGUUUCCCCUGGGUGCCCAGUUCACGAGCCCACACAUGCUGUAUUAUUUAAAAGUGGGGUUUGGAGUUCUGUGCGUGUAAUCUCCUCUUUGUGUAAGGGCCGGGGGACUGCCUUAUGAAGUUGUUCGGCUUUUCCUUAUGACCUUGUAUUUGUGACUAGAUGAUAUUUCAAGUGUAGCCAAAAGACACGAGAAGCAUACCAGCACAGUUAUGUUUUUUGGCAAUAUAAGCUUUAUUUUUUUUUGUAAAAGAAGAAAAACACAUCUCACAAACAGCACAGUCUGUAUCAUAGCAAAAAUGGUGUACAGUACAAAAUGAUGGAUUACAGGAAAUAGAAAUCCGGACAAUAUAUCAUGAGCACAAGAAUAAAAAUCGAACGCAGCAAAAAUGCACGAGGAGGAUAAUAAA